UGUAUAAGAUGUCAAACCAACUCGCCCAAACAACCACUCUCCCAUAACCCAAUUUUUUUUCCGAAUGAUUGGAGAAAAACAUAAGCCACAGCGGGGACAAAAGCCAUGUUUGGGAAUCUGUCCCCCUUGUCUGGGGGGGACGACUACGGUACUCUAUUUAGCUCACAGUUGCACAAUGUGCCAACAGGGCAUAGUGACAUCACCACAGCGAAAGAGUUUUGAUUCAGAUACUCUCAAAACACUACUAGUUCCGAAAAAUUUACGGGUCUUCGUUAGUCCGCCCGGUAUCAUACCCUGUUACAAUGUCUUUCAGUAUAGCUAUAGUUUUGCUACGGCAGCUGUCAUGGAAACAACGAAGCUCUGUGGUGGAUGUUGCAAUGUCGUUGGCAAAGCCAUAUACGAAGCGCAGAAUUGAAGACGAGAACCGACUUUUUCAAGAGCGGUGGGAACUUGCCAUACCAUCGUGGGACAAAGUGUUUCAUUUGCCAGCAGGCCAUUUCUGUGCCUAUGGAGUAUGACAUCUGACGCACUUCAAGUCGUGCCAUGGCAAGAAGUGUGGUGCGCUCACCGGAAAAAUAUGCGAGGACGGGGUUUUUCAACUUAGGACGUCACUGGCAAAGCAGCAAGACCUGUUUCAGGAAGCCAGCCGGACAAGCAACGAAACGAAGAUGGCUCGUGGACAACACCGCCACCGCACACCGCCAUCGGGACGACAUGGCGGCCGGGCUGGCAGUGGACGAGGCCACCAAGGACGUCCGUCGGCACAACAGGGGCACCCCAGGGGGCCGUGGACCGUGGCCACCCCCUACAGGACGGCCCCAAGGGCCCGGCCUGUGCCGGCGACGCAGCGGAUGGCCACAGCAGACCGCCGCCACCUGGACCGUGUUCAAGGAGCACACCUCUGUCGGGCGGCACACGAACGGGGGCGCCUUCAUAGGGAGAGGGCAGACGCCGAACGCAUUGCGUGCAUCAACCAACUCGGUGAGCGCGACCGCGAACGGGCCAUCGCACUCGUCCAGCCGCGCCGACCGGACUUGCUAUGCCAGUCCAGCCAGCAGUGCCAUCCACCCUGAUGCCCACGACAACGACACCAUCGUCGACGUGCCGGACGAAGUUUGAGGGGGAAGUGUGGGCACCCUGGCGGCUCCCAGCCCAGUUGCCCGACCACGGUGCACAGGUGGCGGACUUUUCCCUAUGGUAGCAAAGUCAAGCCGACCACACGACAUUGUGCGUGUUGCCAUCAAAGGCGGUGCGCAGGCAGCCAUGGCCUGAACUGAAGCACAGCUGAUAACAAUGUUAAUGUUGUCUCGUCCAUGUCCACUUCAAUGUAGUUUUUUGUUGAAACCGGGGCGCAAGCCUUUGUGGUGAGAUGCCGCGAGGGAAGUCAACCUCCACCUGCACGUGGUGCGCCCUGCCAGCUUGUAUGCUGCAACGGAGGCUCUGGCGACUAUCCCUCCACUGAGGGGUGGGCCCCCGAGCAGGGGUCUGCCCUUGGGAGGGGGGGGGGGGCAAAGCAAAUAUCCCUACUGCGGCAGUUGGCGCAGGGAUGCCCUCAACCAUCGUUGACCCACUGGUGUUGCCCUUGAUUGCCCCUUCGUGGGGUUGGGCUGGUGUCGGGCUCUGCAAGAUCGUUUCUCCGUGUCAAUCUUUCCUGGGCUGUUUCUUGGCGUGGCCCAGUUUUUUCUAAGUACAGUUCCCAAUUGGCUUUUUGGUGAAAUUCCCACUUGAUCCAAGGAUCCAAUUAAUUUAUAUGGAAUUGGCUUUAAAUCGGCUGUGCUUAUUGAGGCAGUACCGAUUCAGGCAAUUUUUAUUUUUCAAUCUUUUUACGAGCCUCACCUUAUCAAAUGCCGGGUAUGCAGCAAGGCAAACCGACCAUACCCUGUGGAGCCUCAUUCACUUGUUUGAGGAGCUGGGAGUACCCCUCAAAGCACCUGUGCCAACAGCUGAUCUUGCAGCCUUCUGUCCUGCACGGUAAGCACGUGAGCUGGACAGAAGUCUGUCUUAUAUGUGGGUGCCAUCCUCUGCAGUGGGUCUGUAGUAGGUGCCAAGUUCUCGAGGGACAGAGCACGCGGAAAGAAAAACACAAUGGGAACGCGGUAGUACAGCAGUGCGCCUAGGUUGCAGAGUGCUUUUAAUGGACAAUGCAAAACCGAGGCACCCCUAGCGUGUCGGGUGUGUUCUGGAAAACAUUUGUCAACAAAGGCUUCACUUUCAGUUCCCUCCAUCAGACGGUAGCCAGCUGCGAGCGGGCACUGCGGACCUGCACCAUGCCCCUUCGUAGGUCGACCUGCGGAGGUUGAUCCGAGCCUUCGUAAGUUGACCUGCGUGUGCAUGUUAUGCAGUAUGUAAGCAUGCUUUUCGUGACUUCAUCAGACGGCGACUGAUGCAAGGCGAAGGCAAGCCACAUCGCUUCAGCGAAACUAAACCUAAUCUUAAUAUACGUACACUCCUCUACACGCCAACUCCUUGGGGGCUUUCGACUUCAACAGACUUCCAGGACCAGCACCAACAUUAGUGUCGGGCUUUCACACUGUCUUUACAUCGUGUUUUGUCCAUCAUUCUUAAAGGAACACUAACCCCGCCCCCCAAAUUUUUCUUUUCUUGUUUGCCAGGCAAUUUAUUAUGGCGUCAGGAGACUACCCAAUCAAUAUUUUGCUACUAAGUCGUGUAUAUUUUCAGUAAAGCAAAAAAAA